AUGGAACCGCUCUUAAAACACUUAAUUUAUAGACGAAACGGACUGAACAAAGUUUUUUGUGAUGCAUCGCUUGAAGGCUACCACGAGUUUGAUGACAUCGAUGAUCCUAGCGACAAUUUCAUUCCAACUCAUGAUCCAUUUAGCCUUGAUCCUUUCUUCGAUCCAAAUGUAAAUCAAAAUGUAACAGCGCUAGUGGGGAAAUCAGCUUAUUUAAAUUGUGUUGUUAAAAAUUUAGGAAACAAAACAGUUUCAUGGAUUCGUCAUCGUGAUUUACACAUCCUCACUGUCAGCACUUACACGUAUACGACAGAUCUCCGUUUCCAAACAACACAUCAUCGGACGACAGACGAGUGGACGCUUCAAAUCAAGUGGGUGCAGAAACGAGAUGCUGGGAGUUACGAUUGCCAAGUUUCAUCUCAACCGAUUAAGAGCUACUCUGUUGAUUUGAAUGUCAUUGUUCCUACAGCGUUUAUUCUAGGCGGACCAGAAUAUUAUAUUAGCAAGGGAUCUACAAUAAAUCUUACAUGUAUUGUAAAAUUCUCCCCCGAUGCACCAAGCCACACGUUUUGGCAUUUCAAAGACAAGGUUUUGAGCUUCGAAACCGAACCAAGACUUUCACAAUUCACAGAGAAUGGAGAAACUUUCACAAACUAUUUACUUAUAAGAGACGUCAACGUCAAAGAUACUGGAAAGUAUGCUUGUGCACCAUCCAAUGCUGAGCCUGCUUUUAUAAUGGUGCAUGUUGUGAGCGGUGAAAAUCCAGAAGCUUAUUCAAGCUCUUCAAAGCUCUCCAGCUGCUGUUCGCCUUACACCAUUUUUUCUCUCACACUGUCAUUGCAUUUGUUGUGUAACAGAACUUAUAGCUUGUUUAGAGCGAAGAUUCAUUUCAAGUACCACUCUAAGAUAGCGAAUUUAGUAGAAUUAAGAAAUGAGCCAAUGUUGAGUGUGGAAAAUGUUGUUAAUUAACAAACUUCGAAAAGAAAAUUUGUUGAUCUACAAAUUUAGGUUUGAAGAAGACAAUUUGACCUUUCUCGGGUCAGCUUCAAUUUCAUAAACAAAACAAAAAAAAUAUCAUGA